UACGGGACGCGUUGGGGGUCAUUUGGCGCGCACGCGUUAAAGGCGGGAAGGCCACACAAUCGCUCUUGCCGUCUUUCGUGAGGGGAAAAAAAUCGAAACAAAUUUGUAAAAAAAUUCGUCCAAAUCAACAACAACAACAACAACUACUCGCGAUGAGGCUCACGCAGCUGCUGCUGAUGCGCCACGGGCGCGCGCGGCGCCAGUUGGGUCGCGAGCCGGGCGCCCGCCUCGACCUCCUGCGCCUGCUCGUCACGGGCCUCGUGCGGCACGAGCGCGUGCAGACCACGGGGGCGCGCGCGCGCGAGGCCGCCGCCUACGCCGACAAGCUCAUCGACUACGCCAAGCGCGGUGACGGGGAUGAAACUGCCAUGAAGAUCGCCGACUAUUGGCUCACGGAGAAGGACCUGGUCCCGAAGCUCUUCAAAGUCUUAGCCCCACGCUUCCGGAGCGUGGAGGGCGGCUACGUGACGGUGCACCAGAUCCCGAACCGCACCAACACGGACCGCGCCCAGAUGGCCGUGAUGGAGCUGGCGGGCAACCCAUACCCGCCGCUGGUGACGCGGCAGCGCGACUCGGACUCGACGCUCCUCAACGUUCUCCUGCGGGGAUAUCGCCUCGAGCUGGCCAAGGAGAAGGCGGCCGCCACCUCUUCGUCGUCUUCGACGGCGGCGGCGGCGACGGUGACGCCAUCCUCGUCGUAACUUCCCCCUCUUUCUGCUGUUUCCGAGACGUUUGCGAGUUGCGGUGUGGGGGGAUCUCCCUCCCCACUCCACCACCACCACCCCGCUUCACGCCGCUGGAUGCCGGUAGUUUUGUUCACGAGAGGCGUAGCCGCUCGCCGCCGUUGUGGUUUUUUUUGUUUCUUUUUGAAGUCGUCGCGCUCGUCGCGGUUAACCGUGGCGUCGCGACCGCCACGCUCGGCGGUAGCCGCCGCCGAAACCGGUGGCCACACGCGCCCCCUCGGUACCGACGAAGUUUGCUUCAUUUUGUUUUUUCCCACCCCCCUCCGCCUUUGCGUUUUGAUGAUGCGCGCGCGCGUGCACUGUACGUCAUCGGAACGGGAGCGGGUGACGUUGCAGCCGGACGGUUGACCCCAGGCCGGGGUGUUGCCAGCUUCAGAAAAAAGCUCCAGAAGUUGCGAGAUGUGGCCUAGAUGCGUCCUUCCUUCCCUCCAAAGUUGUCGCGAAUGUCACGCCCGGCCAGUCAGAGAGGUCAGAUGGGCCUGCACCAGGGGGACGGCAACAACAACGAGAGCCAUUUAUAUUUUUUCGAAUUCGCCAAAAAGCACGAUAUUUCAAGAGCCGCCCCACAAUGCAAUGCGAACACAAGACGGGCUGCCCCUUAAGUAAACAACGUCGCUAAGUGGCCCUCAGAGAGCCGCGGGUUUGCCGACCCCCUGGCCCAGAGGUCGCAAACGGGUUUUGAUUCCUUACCCGUACCCGGCCGCACCAGGGUCGCAAACGGGUAGCCGUACCCGUACCCUACCCGUACCCGGCUGGGUACGGGUAGGGUACGGGUAUCGGGUACCCGAUUGCGACCUCUGGGAUGAAGCCAUGUUGCAGGCGCGGGUGGGUUGAUUCUAGGAACUUGAAUUGUGAGAAGAGACAAGACGUUGGGAAAUGAGUGACAAACGGUUACUCAGCAGUGACUCACGACCUACCUGUACCCGGCCGCACCAGGGUCGCAAAUGGGUACCCGUACCUGGCUGGAUACGGGUAGCCGGGUAUUGGGUAUCGGGAACCCGGUUGCGACCUCUGCCCUGGCCCGAACGGCUAUCGGCGCGGCCCAGUGGUGAGCGAGGCUCGUGCCACAUGGUGAGAGAAGGCCUGGGUUCGAUUCCCGACGCUGGUGGUCGCUCUCUGUGAGUGGAGGUUGUGUUCCUGUUACGCCGUGUUCCGCGGCUUCUUCCCACAGGUAAAACCACGUGACCGUUAGCCAAACGCUCCCAGUAGCAGCAGCAGCAGCAGCAGCACGGAAUAAUUCGCUGAAAUAAUCGGCGAGACCGGCUCGGGAGGAGGGGAAUCCUUCGACUUGCGGAGGCAACGACUCGCAACCUUUGUCGGUGUGGCAGCCCCCUCCAAUCAAGACUAGAAAAAAAUUAACCCGUAAAAACAAAGUUUUUCACUAUAAAUCCUUUUAAUGCGUGGCGGCUAGAGUCCUCUCGUCCUCUGGCUUGAGAUGGCUGCCACCUAUGGGUCAGAUGAUUGCCUGCCACCAUUAAGCAAUUGGUAAUUAAAUAUAAAAAUUUUUUCCUAAAAAGUGUAAAGUUAUGAAUUUUUUUUCACGAAAAUUAAUUGUCACGCACAACGAGUCUGUGUGCAAAAUAUCAGCUCGAUUGGAUCACGGGAAGUGGGUUAAAAAACGACCGAAAGAUUUGCACGGUCGUAAGCGCGCAAGCAAGCAAGCGAACUUAAUAUAAAGGAUUUAAUAAACAAGAUUUUAUUUUACCAAGAAAUGCCCCACUGAGCUCUACGUAGCCAUUUUUUUUCCGAUGCUCAAGUGUCGGGCCGCAGGAUGUGCUCUGUGCGGAUGGUUGACGGGCAAUAAAACGGUUGAAGGUAACAGUGGAA